AGUGAACGAAAAAAAAGCUCACUCAUCAAGCUCAUGUUGCUCUACUUUACUCUUUUCAGUGUCUAGUAUCUGAUUCAGUAGCCCAAUACAUUUUCUUCCAGAUUCAGUUUUUGCUAGGAAGGGUCCUCAAAGCUCCAAACUUCUAUCAAUGGCGAUUAUUACAGAGGAAGAAGAAGAUCAUCAGGAACCCAUGCAAUCACAAAAGAAAAGUACCAAACCCCAAGAACCCAGUUCGUCUUCAACCGCGAGCACCAAAAUUCCCAAAUCAGAACAUCCAAAUCCGUUUGCUUUCUGGUUUUACUUCACUCUUAUAGUAUCGCUCGUCACAUCAGUUUUCAUGUCUUUCAAUUCUCUCUCCUCUCAAGAUCCCAAAUCUUGGUUUCUUAGCUUACCAUCUAGUCUACGACAACACUACUCAAAGGGUCGGACUAUAAAGGUCCAAACACGCCCGAAUCAAUCUCCGAUUGAAGUUUUCACCGUCGAGCAGGGUCCUGUUUCUUCCGAAAAUGUUGUUCUAGUUCAUGGGUUGGGUCUUAGCUCGUAUUCUUUUCGUGAAACCAUUCGAUCUUUGGGUGCCAAAGGAGUUCGUGCUGUUGCCAUUGAUUUACCCGGAAAUGGGUUUUCGGAUAAAUCGGUGACAGAGGCCGGAGUGGGACAAAGUGGGGUUUUAGAGAGGUUUUGGGAAGUGUACGGUGAAAUUAAAGAAAAGGGUGUGUUUUGGGCUUUCGAUGAGAUAAUUGCAACUGGGCAAAUUCCUUAUGAAGAAAUUGAAGCUCAAAUGACUUCAAAGAGAAAGGUUGUGAAGCCCAUUGAAAUGGACCCAGAAGAUGUUGGUAAAGUAUUGGGACAAGUAAUUGAGACAAUGGGUUUAGCUCCAGUUCAUUUGGUUUUGCAUGAUUCAGCUUUAGGGAUGAGUGCAAAUUGGGUUUUAGAGAACUCAAAGACUGUCAGAAGUGUCACCCUUAUCGAUACCAAUCCAAGAUCAAGACCAGCUUUGCCUUUGUGGAUGUUGGACAUACCAGUGGUUAGGGAACUGUUGCUAGGAUUUUCGUUUGGAUAUUCAUGGUUGAUUAAGUCUUUUUGUUCGAAAGGGAUCUCUGCUACAGAUUUGGAGGCUCAUAGAGCUCUCUUGAAAAGUAAGGAUGCCAGGAGUGCGGUUGUUGGAAUGGGAAAGAAGACGAAUUACAGCUUUGAUAUUGCAUUGUGGGGUGGUUCAGAUGAGCUGAAAGGUGUGCCUUUGCAAGUGCUUUGGUCUAAUAGUUGGUCCGAAGAAUGGACUAAUGAGGGAAGACGAGUUGCGGAUUCACUUCCACAGGCAACUUUUGUUACACAUCCAGGUGGACGGUGGCCUCAGGAGGAUGCUGCUGAUCAUGUAGCCCAAAGCAUUGUGCAGUUUGUGUCUUCAUUACCACCAACUGUCAGAAAAAUUGAGGAAGAACCAAUCCCAGAACAUAUCCAGAAAUUGCUCGAUGAAGCGAAAAACAACGGCGAUCACCACCACCAUCAUGGUCACGGUGAGCAUGAUCACCACCAUGGUAGUCAUGGUCAUGAAGCUGGCUACAUGAAUGCGUAUGGCCUUGGUGUUCAAGGUCAUGGUGCUCAUGGAUGGUAACUUUGAUUUUAACUUGAUGUUUAAUUGUAAUUAGAUUGUUAUCUGAUUGAAGUAAGUUAUUUACGAGAAAGUUUUAGCUCUUGAACAUUUGGGGCACCCAUUGUUGUAUUUCGAGUGUAGUAGUGAAUUUUAUACCAUGAAAGUUGAUAUUUUUAUGUUCUA